AAUUUGAGUCCCUAUUAGUUCACUUGAUAUGAUGGCUCAGUUCCUUGUUUUUUUGUGUUUGUCGGCUACAACCUUAUUUGUAACUGCAUCACAGUUUGGAUUGUUCCUUAAAUCAGACUUGCUCAACAAUCCCUCAACUCAACCGCAGUUUCUGGUCAUAAAAGCUCCCAUGAACCCUUGGAACAAUAUUGGUCCCUCCAUGCAAUGCGCCAUUCUCUGCCAAGGCUGUCACAUAUUUGAAGUUAUAGAUGGAUUUUGUGCCUUGUACAAACGAAUUUCCGAGACUAACCCGCCUGAACCCGAUCCAGUUAUUACAUCCGGGUUCAAAAUUCAUCCCAAGGGCCAACUCCCUUCCAAAUUUUGGUUGCUAGUUUUUCGCUUGAAUUCUUCGGAUGAAACAUUUUGGCCCAGGGACGUGGUUGCUCUUAACAAGGAUGAUCCAAUUGCGGAAAAAUAUUCAAUUCUGGAUGAAAUGGAGGAUUACAAAGACCAGGACAGCCAUUUUCAGUUUAAAUUGUGCUAUCCAGGUUUGAGCACAUCCUCAUGUUAUCGAUGGAGUCAAAGUGACAAUCCUUUGGACAUAACGGGCCAGACCAAACCAAGUGAUUUCGUUUACAUGAGUGGACCUUUCCCAAAGCACGUUCAUUUUCAUGGUUUGUCGAGAAGUACACCCUCCGAUUCAUUGAUUGAUGGCGACAUGGCCGACUCUGAAAAGUGGUACUUUGCUGUUGGAGCUUAUCGGCACUCUUCUUAUCCCGACUCGUUUCCUGGCCCCAAUGGACAGAUGGCUAACUUUGUGGAAUUGUACCUUGAAGUGUAGUCUUUGCAGACCUAUGAUGUAGUUGUGAUUGCAAAUACAUUUCCAAGUAGUUGUUAUCACUUA